GAAAUAAUUUAAAAUUUUAAAAUUAUGUCAUUUUAAUAAAUUAAUACUCAUAAAAAUUACAAGAAAGGAAAGGAAAGGAAAGGAAAGAAGAGUGGAGAGUGAAUAUUGAUGACCUAUUUGUGAUGGCUCUAAUGAUUUUUCUGGGGAAGGAAAGGAGAGAAAAGUGGAGAGUGAAUACUGAUGACCUAUUUGUGAUGGCUCGAGUGAUUUUUCUCUCCUUGGUGGGAGGUGAUGGCGGGUUGUUUUCGAAGGAGGUUUUAAAGGAGUUGAGCAUUGAUGAUCCUGCAGGAUUGGUGCUCGAGUUUCGUUGGGCACUGCCUGUGGUAGAGGGUUAUGGUCUGAGUGUAGGAAAGUUAGUGUUGAGAGAAAGCCUUUUUGGUUUCCGUGGUUGGGGUGUGAAGGAGAUUAUGGCGCAAAGAGCAGAGUUUCCUUGUACUGACCAUCGGAUCUCGAUUGGGAGAGAGGUUUUGCUAUUGUGGCAAUGGUUCUUUUGAAGGUUGUGUUGGAGAAAUUUUCAAAAUAGAGGAAAGAAGACAAUGGUUGGGAAAGAACAUAAAUGAAAAUGUGUCUUUUUA